AGAGAUACUGAAACUGAAACAGAGGGAAGAAACUAAACAAGCGUGUAAUUAGCGUGACACUAUCACUGCGUCUCUAUCCUCUCUCACUCACUCACUCACUCACUCACUCACUCACUCACUCAUUCAUUGAGUCAAAUUCAAACGAAAACGAAACUCGCUCGCACUCAUAGUUAGUUACGCAUCGCAAGCACACUGCAAAAAAUGGCGGGGCGCAAGCACGCGCCCUCCUCCUUUACGCGCCUCGACGAGGCGCGUCUUGCGCAUUCCUCCUCCUCCUCCGCCGCCGUGGUCCGCGCCCUCGAGGAGCGCGUCGAGGCGCGCCACCGCGAGAUCCAGGCCCUGCUCAGCGACAACCAGCGCCUCGCCGGCAUCCACGUGGCGCUCAAGCAGGACCUCGCCGCCACUCAGGAGGAGCUCCGCCGCCUCUCCGCCACUGCCGCCGAGGUCAAGGCCGAGCGCGACGCCGAGGUGCGCGAGAUCUACGAGAAGUCACUCAAGGUCGACGCCGAGGUCCGCGCCGUCGCCGCCAUGAGCUCCGAGCUGGAUCGCGUGCGGGCGGACGUGCUGGAGCUCGUGGCGGAGCGGAAGGAGCUCGCGGCGCAACUGCAUGCCGUGGAGAGCGAGCUUGCAAAGGCGCGCGCGGAGGCGCAGUUUGUGCCGGCGAUUAAGGCCGAUAUAGAGGCCAUGCGCCAUGAGAUUCAACGAGGAAGGAAUGCUAUUGAAUUUGAGAAGAAGACACACGCUAGAAACCUUGAGCACAGACGGGCUAUGGACAACAAUAUGAUUAUUAUGGACCGCGAGGUUGAAAAGUUACGUGCUGACUUGGCUAAUGCAGAAAAAAGGGCAAGGGCUGUGAUGGCUGCAGAUGCAAAAACAAAUCCUGGAUAUCCUGCUAACUAUGACAAUCCUGAGAUGGGAUAUGGAGGAAUUACAUGUCCUCCUGAUUCUUAUAGCAUGCAUCAGCUGCAAGCUGUGGUUGACACUCAUUCUCCACAUGAAGCUGGAGCAUCAUUACAUUAUCCGAAUGACCUGCAACAUACACAAGUGCCUAGAUAGUCUUUGGGAUGCUUUAGUUUUUAAAGAGAAUGUAGCAUUGCCAUCUCCUUCCCCUCCCCCAAAAUGGUUUUAAAUUCUUAAGCUUGUAUAUAUGCUUUACUAUUUAUUUUCGAUUGUAACAUGUUCAGGUAGUUUGCGCAGGUUCAAUUUUCCUUUAUCUCCUUUAAUUCUUUCAUGAGACUUGUUCAAAUUUAGAAAGCUAGUUUUUGUUUCGUAAAAAGCAUAAAAAGUUUCUUAGAUUCUAUUUUGGCAAGUUGUGGUUAAGUUCCGAUGAGUUGUGAUCGAGUUCCUGAUCUUCGUAGAAUCUUUGAUCUCCUACUCCAGUGUUGGGGAGGUACUUACAAAAAGGACUCUGACGAUCAAGUCAGUUGAGCCCAAGGUGUUUGUGUAUUUGUGUAUGGGAUGAUAAAAAUCGUAUCUUCUUGUGUUUUCUUUGGGUCUAUAUGUACACGUUCAACCUUGAGAAGAUUACAUUGACUAAUUGAUUCUUUAGGCAUUGUGCAUGACCGUGUGGAGCUAGUGGUCACCAUUAGUUGUUAACUCCUUGACAAGUGUAUCAAUUUAUCAUAGUAAUACUAAACAGUAAGAUUGAGUAUCGAGU